UAUAAAGAGUUCACUCGUCCACAUUAACAUAACAAAACAAAAUCAUAUUUACUCCAAAACAAAAGAAGAUUUAGGAAAGAUUUGUACUAUACUUCGCGUUAAACUUUCUCCUAAAGCUUGUUUCCUCUUUUGUUUCUUGUUCAUUUUUAUCUUUCAAUAUUUUUUGCUUUCUUGUUUUGGAAAAAAGAAAAUUAAAGAAAAAAAAGAAACGUUUUUGUCAUUCCACGAAGAAAUGGAAGAUUCAAGCUUUAUGGAUUUGAUGAUCGACACAGAUGAGUAUCUGAUCGAUGACUGGGAAUCCGAUUUCCCGAUAUGGGGGGAGACUAACACGAAACCCUGUUCGGAGUCCGGAUCCGGAACCGAAACCGGGUUUGAGUUGGUACCAGAGAGACCCGCAAAACAAAUGAAAACAACCAACAACAACAUCAAUACAAUAUCUUCUUCUCCAUCGUCGUCUUCUUCUUCUUCUGGUUCGCGCACGUCCCAAGUGAUCUCAUUCGGGUCUCCUCACACUAAUAAGACCAACCCGGUCGAGACAUCUUUGAACUUCUCCAACAAAGUAAGCACGGAUCAGAGAAUGAGGUCCGAAAGAAAAGAUUGUGUUAAUAAUGGAGGAAGAAGAGAACCACAUCUAUUAAAAGAACAUGUUUUGGCUGAACGUAAACGUCGACAAAAGCUCAACGAGCGUUUGAUUGCUCUCUCUGCUCUUCUCCCUGGCCUCAAAAAGACGGACAAGGCAACAGUUCUUGAAGACGCGAUCAAGCAUUUGAAACAACUUCAAGAGCGGGUAAAGAAGCUUGAGGAAGAGCGAGUUGGGACCAAGAAAAUGGAUCAAUUAGUUAUAUUGGUUAAGAGAUCUCAAGUGUAUUUAGACGAUGAUUCUUCAUCUUAUUCAUCUACUUGCUCUGCUGCUUCUCCUCUGUCUUCUUCUUCAGACGAAGUUUCGAUCUUGAAACAGACGAUGCCUAUGAUCGAAGCGCGAGUUUCCGACAGAGAUUUGCUGAUUAGAGUUCAUUGUGAUAAUAACAAAGGGUGUCUGAUUAAAAUCCUAAGUUCCUUGGAGAAGUUUCGUCUUGAUGUAAUCAAUAGCUUCACUUUACCCUUUGGGCAGUCAACUCUCAUUAUCACUGUUCUCACUAAGAUGGACAGCAAAUUCUCUCGACCUGUUGAGGAAGUGGUGAAGAACAUAAGACUUGCAUUAGCCGAAUAGCAUUUUUAAAAAUGUUUGAUGUGAAUCUUAAAAAGUGGUUUUAAACGUGUGGAUUUGGUCGCCAGUUUUGACCUAUUCACUCGGGUUAGUUGUAUAAUGACUAAUUGGAUAAUAAAACCAGCUUGAUAGGCACGAAAUAUGGGAUUUUGUCGUCUGUUGAGUGCAAAAGCUGGAUAAGUAUGUGUACCUAAUCAUGGCUGUAUGAUUGGUUUGCUAUUUAUAUUUUUCCUCAGUAUUAUUGGUUUGUUUUAAUAAAUGCAUGAAAGCCGAAGAGUUAUUUAUUA